AUGAAGUACUGGAGAUAUGUUCGACGUGUCAUUGUUUCUAUCCUCGGGUCUACCCUGUUAUUGGUGAUUCAGGGGCUAUACCCUGGCCCUAGUCAACCACCAUGGAAAGUUACUCAUGGUAGAUCUUUCAAACCACUGAAUAAACAUAGACAGGAGUUCAUGACCACUUCACGACUUGGUCAGUUUUCGUUGCCUAACUUGGUUAGAGGUAACAAAUUCACAUUGACGUACAUCCGCUCUGUGUUUUGUAACGCCAAGACAAACCCUGUGCCUUUGAACAUCUCCUCUCCGAAACUUAACCCGAAUGGAGACGCACUCGCUGGCAAAGAUGUCAUUGUUUUAGUGAUCUCUUCUCCGGUGCAUUCUGAGCUCCGGGAAGCCAUUAGGCGGACGUGGGCAAACAGCAAUGAGGCUGGAGCAGCUGUUAUCUUUGUAUUGGGUCUUCACUGGGAUCUUUACUGGAACACGGUGCUCACAGAGGAACACGGACGGCACGGGGAUAUUCUACAGCUGUUCACCCCGGACACCUACCGGAACCUGCCGGAAAAGAUACUGCUGGGCUUUCAUUGGGUGAUGGACUCCGUUCCACGUAUAAAGUAUGUGGUCAAAUCAGACGAUGAUGUGUACCUCCACCUGCCCAGUGUGUUCGCUGUGGUGAGAAAUCUCUCAGUUGAUGUUAUAGUUGGUGCUUAUAACCCCCAGUCUAUCGUUUCCCGGAACAUUAAAGACGAGUGGGGUGUGUCUAAGGGCGUCUAUCUGCCGGACUAUUUCCCGCCUUACGUUUCUGGUGGAAGUUACCUAAUGUCUGCUCACGUGACCAGACGAAUAUUAAGCUCAGUGUCCAGGUGUCGCCGUCUCCAUAUUGAGGACGUGUUCAUUACAGGUGUUUUGGCGGUAACUUCUGGGCUGGGACAUCUGCCUCACUCUGGAUUCUCCUUCUGGGGGACCCCUAAAGCUCAGCCGUGUGACAUGAAGGCGGGUAGAGUGAACAGUGUUAACAUGGGAGUUAAACAGAUUUAUAAACUACAUGUAGGUAUUUCAAUCAUGGACAUGAAAAGUCAGGAUAUAAGCAAAGUUCAAUAA